CGAUCAAUGAUCAUGGUGACAUAAGAAAUUGCUAUUUUUGUAAAAAAUCAACAAGAAAGUUUAAUAAAUUAAAACACAAAUGAUAAAUUUCGUUGUCAAUAGUUUAGAUUCGAAAAUUUGUGAUGUGGGAUACCUCUAUAUGGAGUUAUAUGCAAAAUGAAGGAUUUGAGCUGUUCGAAUGGGCAAAAUGCGGAGAGGGUUUACUGUCAGUGGUGCCGACAGGGCUGUGGGCAGCCGGCUCAGCGUUGCUUUCGCAGCGGUUACUCGCUGCGCUCUUCAGGAGAUUUGUGUUCCGAAGAGUGCCACUAUGGGAACUUAUUUUACAGCAUCUACUUUUCAUAUGGAUGGUGAUAUACAGUCUACAUUUCUGGGCUAUGCUUGUGAGAAUUCUGAAAACAGUCGUAGAGUACUGUUUUGAAGAGGAUUCUAUGAUGUCUGAAGAUUAUGAAGAGAGUCGCAAGAUGAUGCAGCAGUGGAUGAUAUGGAUGUGUGGAGCGGCCCCACUAGCGAUAUACAUACACACCAGACCGCGACCUGAAAUGCCGCCGCUCAUGAUAUGGAUCACAACCAGCCCCUGGCAACGUCGUGAAAUGGGACCGUAUGGGUACUACCUGAACAGGCCCCUCUCUUCACUACAGUCCUCCACGAACAUAACUUUAAGACAACAAGCCCUCACGAUGCGGAGAGCUUUCAGCGAUUCCAAAAUUAUCAUCAAAGAACCACCUAAGAAAAAAAGACAUUCCAAAUCUGUAUAACGUGUCCAGUCUUGUUUGUAUGAUUUAAAUUGUUUUGUCCGCAACGCAUUGUAAUCGUCCAACGUGUGAUCUCUGUUAUUUUUAUGCAGUAAUAAAUCUUUUUAUAUGAUGUUGAUUUUUUUUCUUCUUUUCAUUCCUAGGAUUGUUUUUUCUUUGCAUUUUUAUCAUUAUGUAUAUCCUCAUCUUCAUUAUUUCAAUCAUCCAGUCACAAAACCUAGUUUCCUGCAGUUUCUUGUUUUAAUUUUACGAAGGAGUUUUAUUUUAUUUAUACGCUGCAGAAAAAGAAACUAAUCCUUCAGAUUUUUGAAGACGGUUCUAAUAUCGCGCGCGAUUCCAGUAGUCAUUGAAUAAGUUAAUCAUUGCCAGAUAUCGUUUUUAGCAAGGAUUUAUUAGAUAACCGAGAAUAGAAAGUCUAAUCUAGAAAAAAUCUUCGAAAUUAACUAGGUACAACUUUUAUUAUAUCAAAAUUAUUUA